ACAGGCCAUAUGACUGAGUCAAGCUCAGUUGUUAGUUUGUAGCCGAGUUGAGAUAAGGCUUUCUGGGAAACACAGCCUGGUUGGACGGCAUUCCAUUUAGAAAUAACCAUGUCUGCUCAGCAGCUGGGACUUUCUCUGACACCCUAAGAAACUUGGAUACACAAAGUCAGCUUUGCAAGAUGUCCCUGAUGGCCAUGUCUGCCCCUCGGUCGUCUGUGUUUACAUUCGAGUCUACACUGCAUUCCUUCCAUGUGCUGCGCUGCCUGGACGAGCAGCGCUGCCGGGACGUGCUGUGUGAUGUUACGGUGGUGGUGGAGGGUCAGAGUUUCAGAGCCCACAGCUCGGUACUCGCUUCCUGUAGCGAGUACUUCGCGCAGAGGAUCUCGUCUUCCCUCACACAGCACGGAGCCGUGAUCGUCCUGCCACAAGAGGUGACAGUUGCUGGCUUUGAACCGUUGCUGAAGUUUGCCUACACAUCCAAACUGCACCUUGGAAAAGACAAUGCCUUAGAAAUUCGCAACUCAGCUUCCAUUCUUGGUUUCAGAGACCUAGAUGAGGCAUGCUUUGAUUUCCUUCUCCCAAAGUUCCUCAGCAAGGGCCCAAAAAAGACCUGUUGCAAGAACAAAUGCGAGGGGCAAUCAUCAAAAGAGAAAUGUGGCACAGACACUGACGAUAUAUUCUUGGACGAGAAAGAAGUAAAACCAGUGGCUGACUCACCACCUCCGCAGGAAGUGGUUUGGGACUGUAACAAAUCCGUGAAGAACAAAAUGGGAAGUCAGAACAGCGCCGACAUUCUUACACCUGUAGCUGACGGAACAAAGGAGUAUUUUGUACAGUGUCCAAAGUAUCGCAAGUUCCAACUAGCUUGUGGGAAGGAAGCUUUUGUCGCAGAGAAAAGUCCAGCUGCUCCAGUAAAGGCAACCAGGGGUGACUCUGUCCUGUCCUGCUCCAGCAUUGCAAACAGUAAGAAUGAAACUGAGACUGAAUUUCCCGAAAAUGCCUGCAAACAGAGCAGAGGACCGGCUGAUGAGCCAUGGAAAACUGAAAUGCAUGACAGGCAAACAGUGCACUGUGUGGGUAGAAGGGAAGUUGAUAUGGUUAAGAAAGACAGAAAUGAAAGACAGGGCAAAUGGGAUGAGAUGGUAAGAGAGAAUGGUGCUACAAAGAUGGAAGAAGAAAUGAAGCUUACCACUGGAAUCAGCUCUUCAGACUUAUCCAGAGCACUCUCCUUAGAAACCAGCGCAGUACUUGGUGAGAUGUCAGCAGGGUUAAUAUUGCACCACCGUCCCCGGAAGGCCUUAAAUGAGAGCCCUGCCAUUGCUAGUUCACUGGCGCAUGAGAGGUUCGUCAUGGACUUUAUAGAAGACAAGAAAGCAAGGGACCAUGGUGUACCAGCUUAUAUUCAUCAAAAGGCAGAGGAACAGAUAGAAGCUGAGGGAAAAGGAACAUGUAACUUCUGGCAUCAAGGACGGAAAGAGGGACCAAUAGGCAGUAUGGAAAGAGCAACCCCGUCAGUGAAUACUUCCAGAGAAAGUGAAGCGGUCGAGCACAUGAACUUCCAGGACUCUGAGGAAGGAGGUUCGGCUGAUACUGGGAGCGGAUGGGCUCAGAGCUCAUCUUCAGAGUGGCUGAAGCUGCAUAGUUCCACCAGAGCCAACUGUCCCUUUUUACAGGAUAUGGACCAAAGAAAAAGUUUACCAAGGCUGUCUGAGUGCGAGGGAGCAUCUCAGUCAGGCGUUUCCUCCUUAAACUCAGGGGAGGAUGGAGACUCAGAGACAGAAACGGAGGGAGACAGUGAGUCCUCCACAAGGGAGAGAGCCAGGCAGAUGCAGUUGCCCUACUCUGUAGACUGGAUAGUGGAUCUGAGUCGAAACGACUUCCAGCAGCUGCUUAAGAAGCAGGUCUUCACACGGGAACAGCUGGAGUUUGUCCACGACAUGAGAAGGCGCAGCAAAAACCGCCUUGCAGCUCAGCGUUGCCGCAAGAGAAAACUAGACUGCAUAUAUAAUCUGCAGUGCGAAAUCAACAAGCUGAAGACAGAGAGGGAGAAGCUGAUGGUGGAGAAGAGCCAACUGAGCCAGCUGAAGUUGAAAACAUGUCACAGUGUCUCUGCCUUGUGCCAGAGGGUCUGCAACGAAGCAAAUCUACAGCCAGAGCAGCUGCAGGUGUUAACCAAAUACACGUCCCCAGACUGCCCUCUGUCCUCCUUAUUUUCCCACAUAGACACACUUCUUUCACAGCAUGGGAUGCCACUCCAACCCCAGGGAUUGCUCUCGGCCUGUUCUGUGGGCCUUGAUAAGUAUAUGACUGAGGAGGCUCCGUCCAGCUCCGGCAGCAACACAGUCACAGGAUCACAUCCACUGUAGAUAUACCUACAGCGCACAUGCUGCACAAAAACCCAUAGGAAGACUGUGCCUGAGCUCAUGAUUUCAGACUGCACUGUACCUCGUAUCAUACUGGAUUUCAGGACAUUACCACGUUGCCUGAGCACAGGUUGCAGUGUCAAGCAGUGACACAUGAUCCAGUCCAGGCCGUAAUCAGCAGAUGUUCUAAUUUACUUGCUACCUUUUCAAUUUAAAAUGUAUAUUGAGAGGUUGGGAAUGCAUUUCUGGUGUUCAGCACCAUUUAUUUUGCUUUUCCCCUAAUUAUACGCCUUUGACAGAGUUCCGUAGCAAAUAUUUUCAGCAUUGUAAAUAACAAAUUCCGAUUUAUAUUCAGCUUAAAGGGGAAAACAAACCUGCACACAGAGAGGUGCAUGUUGAGAGUGUUAUCAUUUUAGCAGUUAGAAAUUCAUAGGUUUAAAUCAAAAAGAACAAUGGUCUUUAUAACUGUAACAUACUCCACUGCUUGAUUACCUCAGGAUGACUAAAAAUGAAUCCUUAUAUGUACUUUAAUUGUGUUAAAAAGGAUUUUAUAUGGUUUGAUACCAAACAAUUCUCAGGAAUCUGGAUCAAACAUGUUCCUGUAAACAGGAAAAUUGAGCAUACAUUACCUCUUGCAGACAGUGUUGGUUCUGCCCUCUCCUACAGAGUGCGACACACCACAGCAUUUUGCACCAAAACCACACAACUCAACAAAAAAGACUUGACAUAGUGUGCCAUGUUUACCUUUUGGUUUAAUGUCUGGCUCUCUUUCUUUUCUUUUUUUUCCCCCCUGACUGUCAUUGUGGUCACCUCUCACCAGCUCACCACAGUGACACAGCUCUUUUAAGUUGCACACACCUCACACAGCUUUGCUUUGACUCACUAAAAACAGACCUCACAAAUUUACUCAAAUAUAUUAAGUAGUUCUGUCUAAAGAAACUGCACUUUAGCAAAGUUUUAACCCCUGAACAAAACACAGGUUUAGGAGAAAAGCUGCCUCUAAUGAAUAUAUUUGAACAAACCAACAUUUUUUUUCUGGCCUGGUUUCUUCUAACUUUUAUUAGAUGGAAAUAUUGCUUGCUAGCCACAAACGUGUUAUCUUCACCACCUUUAUCUAAAUUACUGCCCAAGGACCAAGUAAACAAGUCCCUUUUGGAUGCAGUACAAGCAGUUUUAUGCUCGUUAUGUGUGUCCCCUGUACCUGUACCUGUUUUCUAUUUGCUUUGUGCAUUCCAAUUAUUGCUCUAUUGUUUUUUUUAUUAUUAUUAUUUUUUGCAGCUUUUACGUUGACUUUUGCUUUUUUAUAAACUCUGCUUAUUGUAAAUAUUUGACACUCAGGACUCUUCACAGAAAACGAGCUUUGCAGCAUGUCUCCUUGUCUCCCUCACUUAACUUUUGCCAAAUUUUAUCUUCAUUUAUUUAAAGAGUUAUUUUCGCUCAUCAUAGUCAUCCCAGUGCAGAUGGUCUUUAAAUAAUUUGUGUAAAAAUAUGAAAUGGAUGAUAGUGUAAAUACAGAAAUUGCAUUGAUUUUUUUUUUUUGCAAAAUGCUCACCACAUUUUAUUUUUUAAUGACACAAGCCUUUGAGGGUGCAUUCAAAUGUCUAGUGGUAGCUAAUGACAAAAGAAUGUUUGUUCUCCCACUAAGCUGACUGCAGGGUGCACAUGCUGGAUACCGUUGGUGCUUAUUGCCCUCUAGUGGCAGUACAUGCACAGUUGGAUGCUGCACAAAUGUGUACUGUUGUGUACAAUACACAAAAUAGCUUUUCCUACUAUGUUCAUUUAUUUUUAAAGCACAAAAAUGACUGUAUCUUCCUAUGAUCUUGUCCAAAUGGAUUCCAGCAAUUUUCGGACCAAAUGUGAUAAAUGUAACCAAACCAAUAAGCGCAAAAAUGCUCCAAACAGUAAAAUAUGUUUGUCUCCGACA